CCUUUUCUCCAUCCAAAGUUCCUCAAAGAGGGAGAACCUCAACUUUUCCACCCAACAUCUGAGCGACCUUCUCUUCUCCACCCAAAGUUCCUCAAAGAGGGAGAACCUCAACUUUUCCACCCAACGUCUGAGCGACCUUCUCUUCUCCACCCAAAGUUCCUCAAAGAGGGAGAACCUCAACUUUUCCACCCAGCAUCUGAGCAACCUUCUCUUCCCCACCCAAAGUUCCUCAAAGAGGGAGAACCUCAACUUUUCCACCCAACGCCUGAGCGACCUUCUCUUCUCCACCCAAAGUUCCUCAAAGAGGGAGAGCCUCAACUCUUCCACCCAACAUCCCUUGAAGGUGGAGAAGAAUCUUAACCUUUCCACCCCAAAUCAAAGCAACCUUUUCUCCAUCCAAAGUUCCUCAAAGAGGGAGAGCCUCAACUCUUCCACCCAACAUCCCUUGAAGAUGGAGAAGAAUCUCAACCUUUCCACCCCAAAUCAAAGCAACAUUUUCUACAUCCAAAGGUCCUCAAAGAGGGAGAACCUCAACUUUUCCACCCAACGUCUGAGCGACCUUCUCUUCUCCACCCAAAGCUCCUCAAAGAACUUCAAUGUUUCCACCCAAGAUUCCUCAAAGACUCCCAGCCCUUCCAUCCCAAAUCAAAGCACCCAACGUUCCUCAACGAGGGAGAAGACCCCCAACUUUCCCAAUCCACGCCUGAGCGACCUUCCCAUCUCUUUGAAGGACCUGGAUUCCCUGACAUCCUGUUUACUGGAGAAGACCCGCCAGAGGCUCUCCGGGAAGUCCAGGGAGGUGUUGUCCCUGGUGAGCCUGAAGGUCAGCCUGUGGCUGCUGACAGGGUUGCUCUACCCGGCGGUGGCGUUGUCCUUCGCGGAGAUGACCGGCUGGGUCCAGCGCUACGCCUGGCGGCUCAAGCAACGGACGGAGGCCCUCCAACGAGAGAGGCGCCUAGCAGAGGACCUCCUGCACCAGAUGCUGCCAAAGUCGGUGGCCAAUCAACUGCGGAGGAGGGAGAAGGUCGAGGCCGAAAGCUACGACCAGGUGACCAUCUUCUUCUCGGACGUGGUGGGCUUCACCGCCAUCGCCGCGUCCUGCUCCCCGCUGCAAGUGGUGGAGAUGCUCAACGGCCUCUACGUCUGCUUCGACACCCGGAUCGAGUCCUACGAUGUCUACAAGGUGGAGACCAUUGGAGAUGCCUACAUGGUGGUGAGCGGCCUGCCCGAGCGCAACGGCGAAAGGCACGCCCAUGAAAUCGCCCAGAUGGCCCUGGACUUGGUGGCCGCCGUCCGACAAGUCUUGGUCCCCCACAUGCCGGACAGGAAACUAGAGCUACGGGUCGGCGUUCACACAGGGCCUUGUGUCGCCGGCGUUGUGGGGCACAAAAUGCCCCGCUAUUGUCUCUUUGGGGACACGGUCAACACCGCUUCUCGGAUGGAGUCCACCAGUUUACCUCAGAAGAUUCAUAUCAGUUCAGCCACAUAUUUGGCACUGUUGGAGGACAAUGCUUAUGAGAUGGAGCCGAGAGGGGAGAUCGAAGUGAAGGGCAAAGGGAAAAUGCAGACCUACUGGCUCCUGGGGAGCAAGAACCACAGCGUCCAGAACGACAGCCUGGUCUGCCACUGGAAGCCAGGCCUCUCCCAGGAAGUGGCCAAGGGGGAGCGGAGCCGGACCUCAGUGCGCCAGCCGUCCCAAGAGGAGAAGCGAGUGCCGGAUUUGCUGGUGCUCCCCAACAGAUCGGAGGAAGCGGCAGGGAUAUUGCCAGGUUUUGUGGGUGAAGAGUGUGGUGGCCUUUAGAGUGCUACGAAUCCCUUGUUUUUGGUCUCGGAAAUCCCUCCUAAAAGCCACUAGAUGUCACCAAAGCCUUAGCUGGACCAGUAGAUGGUAGCGCUGGAGCGACACUUCCCAAAUGUCCCCGUUCCAACCUACAUACACAUUUGGCUUCAGAGCCGACCUCGUUUGUAACUGGGGGACUGCCUGUAUUUACUUUCUUAACAUACGGAAUGGCUUUGGUAUCCGACGGAUGUGUACGUGGCUUUCCAUAUCUAUCUCUAUCUCUCAUUCUCUCUCUCUUUGGGAAUGGCCCUAACUGGACGUGCCGCAGACCCGAGGUAUUUUAAUGGCCGCUGUCAGCGCCGACACGUUCGCAAGCCUCACACUUCGGGGAAAGAGCGAUAAGAGGGCCGUGCGGACAGGACAGGACGCCGCCAAGCUAACCCUGAUAAGGCCGCGCACGGACACGGCGGUGUUCACACUUCAACAGCCAUACCAAAAAGAGACUCGGUUUCCCGGAAAAGUCUCCGAAGGGAGGCAGGCCUGCUCUGGGUUUGAGUCCGAACUUGAAAGGACA